GUCAUAACAUGUCUGGAGUGGAUGGUAAUAGUACGGAGGGAGAAUCCGCAUGUGGCCGUGGACCUGCUCAGACUGGACCCGGUUGUUACCGCAAUUAUGAGCAUUACAGUCUAUCGCGGCAUCGGCGCAGUACAUCUAACGCUUGUUUCCCGAAUUUAUCUAAUGAUCUGCCUACUACGCCUAACAGCCCAAAUCGUCGGCUCCUCGAUUUUGUCCAGAAUGUACCGAAUACCCAGAACGAUGACUUCUAUCAGGACAAAAUACCAGCGCAACAUGCUAACCAGGGGAAUAUGACUUCUAACGAUGAAGAGAAAAAAGACAGCAGAAAAAUCGAGAAAAUUGAUGAAUUACCUAGUGAAUUCGAGUGUUGCUUUUGUACUACGAAGGAAUACAAAGACUUCACGGACGCGGAGAACAUAAUGCCCCUUGCUACAAGUGACUUUCGUAACCCAGUGUGUCAAGAAAUGAGGUCUCUUAGGUUUAAUAGCGGCAAUGGUAUUGGCGGUCCAGAACACUUCAAUUCGUCACUCAUGGAAUCAAAGAUAUCUCCAAUUCAGCCAUUGGAAACGUUAAGCUUCGCAAGUAUAUGCAAUGAGCAGGAGUAUCACUAUGCAAAGGCUUACAACGAACAAGGAAGCGUCGACAGUUCAGAUACAUAUGCAAGCUGUCAAACACAUCCAUCACACUCACAGGGCGAUUUAACUGAAGAUGCAGAUAGUAAUCUUUACAUAAAUCCUCUGGAGGCAACGGAAAAAUUCAAAACUAGUCAGAUGAAAAAAUCAAUUUCCGGUGAGGUUGGUCGAAACAUCAUCGCUGAGACAUUGCCUAGUGCUGGAUCUUUGAAGGAGGCUAGUAAAAUCAACUUAAACGAUAUGAUGCCCAAACAUAGGAAAAUUAGAAUCCAACAGAGUAUAAAACCACGGACGCAAUUUGUCAGCGAUCAAGAGAGUAUAGUUAUGCGCAGUAUUCUAAAGGAAGAUACCGCCAUGGAAGACAAUAAUAAUCAUUAUGGAGGGCUGCGCGGUGGCAAACCUUCCCCGCUUGUGUCAACAAAUAGCUUGGCAUCCGCUACGCGCAUAAUUAAUUAUCACAUGUUUAGGUCCCUUGGCGCGUCCAAGCAAUAUAAAGAAGCAACUGUGGAGAAUAAACUUUCGCUUUCGGCAGACUCUAUAGAUAGUGGUGGAAUGCCAUUUAUAGAUCAGCAUCGAACAUCAAAGUCAAUUCUAAAGAAGUCCGAUAGCGGUAAUAAUUACUAUAGCAAUGCUGGUGACUCGGAUACUGAGAAACUGAUUACGGACAGCAUGUCCACAGCAAGCAUAUGUGAUAAUGAAACAAGCUCAUGUGAUGCCUCAGCCAAUGUAAAUAACGUGUGUACGAAAAGACGUCCGAUAUCACCGUUAUUUUCGCGACAGGUUCUUGAAUCAAUAUUUCUCACCAAUAACAACUUUGAGCGAGAGUGUGCGAGCGAUAAAGGAGAUAAAAAACUUAGCAUUGCAAGGAAGUCGAGAAUUCUAUUUAGUGAUAUCGAAGAGGAGAAACACGCUCGUGAUGAAGCAGUAGCGGAAAAUCAAAAUAAAGAAUUGGAUGACCAAUCAUGUAAGUCGAAGAUACGUGUGCAGGAGCAAUCUAAGGAAACUAUGUUAAUAUUGCGUCCCUACAAAACAAAGAAGACAGAGGAGAAAAGGAAAACUAAUAAAUUGAGUGGACAUAGUUCUUCCAUAACUAAGAGGUCUGACGCGAAUUAUUUUCCUCCGAAAUACAAUUUUUCAUCGUAACUGCUUCCUCAACAAUUUUUGUUAUUAGGCGUUGUAUGUGAUCGCGUUAUCAUCCGACAAUCGCAAAAAAAAAACAUGCUCAUAUAGGCUAUGUUUCAAAAUUUACUGCCAGUA